ACUCAUUAGAUAAAUACACUGAGUCGCAAGUGCCUUGUCGUUUACAAAUAGCAAACUUCCUCCGCCACCAUUCUUCAAUACUUCAGAUUCAGCAUCUUGUAUAUCACGGAUUUGAAGUCAAAGCACACGAUCAAUUUGGAGCGUAAAAGAUACGCAGAUGAAGCCAAUUAGGCUUCCGGAACCGCCGGGUAGUCCACCGAGAGGCGUACCGGACAUCUUUGAAGGCGGGGUUUACGGUGUCGUCAAACGGGCUGUUAUUAUCGGUAACGGUUUCCCGGCGUCGGAGAAUCAGAGCAUUGGUUUAGUUAGAGCACUUGGAUUGUCGGAAAAACAAACUCUAUAUCGUGUUACUAGGCCAAGUGGAGGAAUCAAUGAAUAUCUACACUGGCUUCCAGUUUCUGUCCAUAAACAGAUAUAUUACAUCAUCAGACUGAUUUACAGCUAUUCACAAGUUCUAUUUACAACUAAAGGGAGUAAAGUCAAAUCUUUGACCUCAGAAAAUGGUGGAAAUGUAGGCUUAUCAUCUAUACUUGAAGCUGAUGUUAAGUCAAUAGUAACAAUGGCAAGAGGAACUGCUGACAAGGAUGGGCCUUUAUUGGUGGUUGCAUGUGGUAGAGACACCAUAUCAAUUGCUAGCUCUAUAAAAAGAUUAGCAUCUGAAAAUGUGUUUGUUGUUCAGAUUCAACAUCCAAGAAGACAAGUGAGUAGGUUUGACUUGGUGGUUGCUCCUCAACAUGAUUAUUACGCUCUUACCCCUCAUGCACAAGAGCAGGUUCCUAAGUUUCUUCGCAAGUAUAUGACUCCUGAUGAGCCCCCUACUAAGAACGUGGUACUUACAUUGGGAUCACUGCAUCAAGUUGAUUCUGCUGCACUUCGCAGUGCAGCUAUUGCCUGGCAUGAUGAGUUUGCACCUUUACCAAAACCCUUAAUCGUGGUCAACAUUGGGGGCCCCACAAGCCGAUGUAGAUAUAGCACAGACCUCGCAAAGCAGCUAACUACCUAUUUGAAGGGUGUUCUUGACACCUGUGGGAGUGUAAGAAUUUCUUUUUCAAGAAGAACUCCAGAUAAGAUUGCAACUUAUGUGAGAAAAGAACUCGCAGAAUUUCCAAAAAUCUAUAUAUGGGAUAACGAAGAACCAAAUCCACACAUGGGACAUUUAGCAUGGGCAGAUGCAUUCAUUGUCUCAGCAGAUUCAAUCAGCAUGUUGAGUGAAGCCUGCAGCACUGGAAAACCUGUAUAUGUGAUUGGAGCUGAUCGAUGCAAAUGGAAAUUUGGAGAAUUUCAUAAAACAUUAAAAGAAAGAGGUCUUGUUAGGCCAUUUACAGGUCUAGAGGAUAUGUCGGAAAGCUGGAGUUACCCGCCUUUAAAUGACACUGCAGAGGCUGCAAAUCGAGUACAUGAAGCGCUUGCUGAAAGGGGAUGGAGAUUAAGGCCGGUCGAUCUCAAGAUUCAGAUAAAUCAAUUUGUUAUAAGUGAAAUCUCCUACUCUAAUUCAGAACUUAUGAUCACUUUGAGAAGCAGAUCUAAGUUUAUCACCAAAGGUUGCAUUAUCGGUUUCCAUUGCUACAUUGUCAGGAACACUCCAGUAAACAAUACAGGGUCAAUAUUCUUUUUUGCUGUUGGAGCUUCUGAUGCUUCACAAGUCUUGCUUUCAUUUAUCCCAUUACUCGGCAAAUGAAGAGAUAGAAAAAGAAUGGUUGAAUUCAAGAAAUAGCAUUGUACUUUGAGAAAUCAUGAGUCAUAUUUUGAACGUCUAAAAAUUUGUAAUACUUGAUUAGAACAACUAUAUUUUUGAUCUAUAUACUUUAAUAUUUACAAUUUUGGUCAUUAAAGUAUAUAUUUGGCAUUAGUGUUGUUUUAAAAUUUGCACAUAUUACAUUUUGGUGCCUAUACUUUUAUAUUUUGCACAUAUUACAGUUUGGUCCUUGGACCAUAAAUUUACACAUAUUACAGUUUGGUCCCUGAACUUUAAAUUUACACAUAUUACAGUUUGGUC